UUUUCCCAUUAAACGUAGCCGAAGAAGAGUUGAUGCUAUUAAGAGAUCAUGGAGCAGGAAACUCAACCCGGUCCAGCCAGUCCUGGUCUGAUCUCUGGAGCAUGGAUCCUUCUGCUCCUGAUCCACAUUACCUGUAGGACAGGGACGCCGCAAGAACUGCUGGGAGCUCACUUUGUCUUCUGUGGACUUUCCUCUGUCAGCUGCAGACCGUGUGUCCGUAGGAUGCAGCUACAACUGUUCUGACCGACAGCAGCUCAACAAGUCCCAACAGUGAACAGCUGACUGGGCGGCUGCAGCCUGGAUGUGUUACUGGCUCAGCGUGAGAUGAUAACCCAGCCUCAGUGUGCAAUGUGUGGAUCCGCCUCGCCCCUGUGUCUGCUGCUCUGGAUCGUAGCGACGGCUGUUUCCAGGACGCAAGGUCAGGUUAUGGCUCCUGCCAGUCUGAGUGCAGAGGUGGGUCAUUCCCUGUUGCUUAGCUGCAACGUCACCACGGGAGCGGGCGACACCGUCCGGCAAGUGCGCUGGCUCGACCGCCACAGGAAGGUCCUCCUGGCGUACGAACAAAGCGUGCCGAUCCGCGUCAGCCACCAAGGGCCCAACGUGCAGCUCACCGCCUCGCACAACGACGCCAGCUACAUCACCCUCCAGAGGGUGGGGCCCGAUGACGAGGGCUGCUACCGCUGCGUCUUUGAUGUCUACCCCAGCGGCCCGCUAGAAGGCACCACAUGCAUCAGCGUUACCGGUAAAGUGCGCCUGGAGGGCAACAAGACGGCGGUGAGCGGGAAGCCGGCCACCCUGUCCUGCUGGUACAGCCUCCCCGAGAGGGUGCACCAGGUGCUGUGGAGGAAGACGGCCGAGCAGGGCGACACCACCACCGUGGCCUCCUACGCCAAGCGUGGGCACUGGUUGGUCGAGGAGCAGUACAAGGAUCGGUUUAGCUUGAGCCGGACUCUGGGCGACACCCGACUCACCAUCGAGGCGGUCAGGACGGAGGACGAGGCCUGCUACACCUGUGAGUUCCACACGUACCCGGACGGAACCAGACGGGACAAGGCCUGCCUCUCUGUUCAUGUUUUACCCAAACCAGAAGUGAGUUAUGUGACCUCGUCGUCGGGACUCACUGAGGCCAACUGCACGGCCCAGUCCCGCCCCGCAGCAGAGAUCACUUGGAACGUCAGCGGGGACAACCGAACGCUUGGACCACCCGUUUCUUCCGCCUACGACCAGGGCGACGGCACGACGGUGGUCACGAGCACGCUGCUCUUCCAAUCAGCGCUACUCAGUGACCUGUCCGUCAAGUGCAUCGUGCACCACCCGGGUUUGGACCAACCCCUGACGGUGUCCCUCAACACGAACGUGGGUCCUGCCUUGGUCAUCCUCCUCUCGGUGUGCGGUGUGGCCGCGGUCCUCCUCCUGUGUCUCUGUGUGUGUCUCUGCAAGUGCUUCAUCUGUACUGACGACUGAUUUGGAUGCCGCCUGCUUUGAUGAAGGUCCAGUGGAGCUCUGAGCCUGACCUAGCUGCCCAGCACCGUGCCCUCCAGCUCGGCGUGCAGAGGAAGGGAACAGAGCUUUUACAGAACUGAACCGACGCUGCUCGUUCUGCUUCCACGGGUCGGGAAGAUCCCCCUAGUGCACACACACACACACACACAUCCCUCAUGUCCUUUACAUCAACGUAAACUGCACUAAAACCCCAUUAUUCAAUGCUAGAUAUUACACUUACACUAGAAUUGUUGCUUUUUGAUGAUUGAUGAGAUCCGUGUAAUAUGAAUAAGAGGGUUUUGGAUUUGGAACCGCUUGUGUCAUGGCUUCAUGGCGGUCCGGUGGUGUUGCAGUGUAUAAGGUCAAUUCUCAGAUGUUGUAAUAAUGUAUAUAUUUUUUUUUUAAAUUAUGGUUAAUGUAUUGAGAUUGAGUAGAGUUUUCUCAGUUGAAAUGUUUUUGACUUUGUUGGGUAGCUUGU